AUGUCUACGGAGAUUCGGCGGUCGUCGCGGUCCACGAAAGGACUGAACCCGCGGCUGGAAGAGAUUGAGGCCCAGAACGAGCCGGCCGUGCGCCCAAAGAAGCGCAGUGUGCCUGCUGGAGAAAAUGGCCAGAAAAAGAAGAAACAGCGUAAGAAGCCUGUGCAGGUGCCCGAAAAGGAAGAGGUGCGGUGUCUUCCUUGCGGAGCGCACGAUCUGAAUUACGACGAGGAAGAGGACGAGAUGGGGACGAUGAUCGAGUGCGAGAAAUGCAACACGUGGCAGCACGCCAAGUGUAUGUUUGGCACAGAGAGUGCGCGCAAGAUUCCCAAGCACUAUGUUUGUAAUGUUUGUGAUCCUAAUAAUCCUCAGUACGAAGACCUUGAGCUUGCAUUGACUUUUGAGGAGUACCGCAAAGUGCGGUUUCCUGGGCAGGAGGACGAGGACGAGGACGUUGAGGAGGACUUUGAAGAUGCUGGAGCCGUGGACGACGAGAGCGACGAGGAGUACGACGGGAACGGGGAGAAAGAGGACGAGGAUGAGGAGGCUGAUGAUGGAGAAGGUGAAGAUGGAGACGACGGAGACGAGCCGGAGGAAUUGGACGAGCCGGAGGAAAAGAUCGUCAAGCCUGUGAGGAAGCCGAAAAAGGUGGCUGCCAAGAAGAUCGACAAGACAAAGACCCGGCAGUCUGUGGUGAAGCAAUUUGCAAAGAAGCUGAAGGACCACAUCCCCGACGACCACAAGCUGCUGGAUGAGAUGGACCUGGACGCCGCUGCAGAGGAGAUUGCGAGCGGGCUGGAAACCGCACUGUUCGAGACGUUUCCGCCAGCCAACAGACGGUCCGACUCGAUGUCGCCUGGUUACCUGAGUAAGUCGCGGACUUUGCUGUUUAAUCUGGACAAGUCGAAUCUGAGCGACAAGAUCCUGUCUGACCAGUACACGUACGACCAGAUAGUGAACCUGACGCCUGAGGAGAUGAUGCGCGACGAUUACAAGGAGUUUGCCGACGCGGUCAGAAAACAGAGCAUCAAUCAGUCGGUCAUCACCAACACCAUGGAGAAGGUCAAGAUCAAGCGGACACACAAGGGUGAAGAGAUCGUCGAGGAGGACUACCAGUUUGACGAUGUGGGGUCCCGAACCGCCGACGAGUCUCGGUUGAAGGAGAUUGAAAAGUUGCAGGACGAGAAGAAACAGCAGGACCAGGACGACGAUUCCAGCGGCUCGCCUCCACCAACAGCCAACUUGAAUGCUAACCUCAUGACGUCCAUCACCAACGACUACGGAUACGACCAGGACCAGGACCAGGCAGAUAACGAGCCGGAGCAGACGUUUGAUAACGACGACGAUUUCGACAAGAUCCUCAACGGAGCCAAGGGCCCGGUUCCUACGCCUCCCGAGUCGCAGGCUGUUGGAUUCGACGAGCCAGAAGACGACUACGACCCUGCACGCAAUUUCGACGCGGACGAAACCGUGUGGUCGGGCACUUUAAGUUUCCCUGCGGUGGCAGAUGUCCAGGUCACGGCGAAAUUCCAUGCCUCGUCUUCUAAAACCAGCACACAGGACCAGGUUGCACGGGCCACAAAGAUCGUGGGCGACUUUGCGUCGCGCCACAGCCGGCUCGAGAUCGAGGGCAGACUGGACGCACGCAAGGCUGUCGGAUAUCUCUGGGAAAUCAUCCAUACCAGAGACCUGUAUCUGGUGGAGAUCUUACCGUUUGAGUCCCCCCAUCUGUCUGACUACGAAAACGAACAGGCAAAAGCACAGUUCAAGACACUCUGGGAAUAUUUCAGUUCUCGCGACAAGUACGGCGUCAUCGCUUACAAACCAGCAUACAUCAAGGAUAGCUACCUGGUGUCCAUCGACACUGUGAAGACACAGCACGAGGGACUGCCACGGUACUUUAACCAUUUCGACAUAACGACUCUCCACGGAGCCCGCGAACGGCUCUUCGCUGUGUUUGUGGCAAAACCAAACUUCGACCUAGCGCAGUCGUCAGCUCCGGACCUGGAACAGAUCUUGAGCGGGCUGGCUUCGUGA